AAAAAAACUUGUUUUUAGUAUUAUGACUUUCAAUAAUAUAUCAAUAAGCAAAUUUAUAGAUUUAAAAGUAAAUAAAAGCCACACUAAGGCGAACAAAAAGAAAUUAUAUUCUAAGAGUUAGCCAACAUUAAAAAUGGCUCGGUAACAAUCAAUUGCUGAUUUGAUUCAAAUAUAUGUAAAACUUAUUUUGUGCAGCAAAAGAAGAUUAACAAUUGGGGUCCGCACAAUUUUUAUACCACUAUUUAGAUGAUUAAAGAGAUGUCUUUGUUAAAAGUGGCUUUAAGUACGGAACUAAGCAUAAUUGAUAUUACAUCAAUAUCAAAUCAAGUGAAUAAUUAUGUAUACAAUAGUACUAUUUCUAAUAUAACAAAAUCUCCAGAAACUGAAAUGGUGAUUGAAAAUGACCAAACAGAAAGAAGCGCUUUUGAUCUCACAAUUUUAUGUUUGAAAAGCUUAAUAUUUGGCUCAAUCAUAUUAGGCGCAAUUUUAGGAAAUUCGUUGGUUAUCAUUUCUGUUCAUAAAAACAGAAAACUUAGAAUUUUAACUAACUACUUUGUUUGUAGUCUUGCUGGAGCUGAUUGUCUAGUAGCAAUUUUCGCAAUGUCAUUCAACUCAUCAGUGGAGCUUUCAGGAAGAUGGUUAUUUGGAAGGUUUAUGUGUGACAUGUGGAACAGCUUGGAUGUUUAUUUUAGUACUGCAUCCAUUCUACAUUUAUGUGCAAUAAGUGUUGAUCGAUAUUUCGCAAUUGUAAGACCUCUAGAGUACCCAUUGUAUAUGACAAAACGAACUGUAUUUUUUAUGUUGGCAAUGAUAUGGCUAUUACCUGCACUUAUAUCAUUUGCCCCUAUUUUUCUUGGAUGGUACACUACAUCGGAUCAUCUUGUGUGGCUUGAGGAGCAUCCGAAUGAAUGCAUUUUUCAAGUUAACAAACUAUACGCCAUCAUUUCUUCAUCAGUAUCAUUUUGGAUACCAGGAAUUGUCAUGAUAACUAUGUACUAUAGAAUUUACAAAACUGCGGUAGCUCAGAGAAAAAUGGUUAGUCGAACCAGCUCUAACAUACUUUUAAACAGUGUCCAUAUACAAAACAUGAAUCACUUAUCAAAUUUACAAAAUAAUAAUUUACAAUCUAGUAACUGUGAUCUCGGUGGAAUAAUUAUAAAGGAAACACAGUAUCAAGAUACACAUAGUGAGCUAAGUGACCUUGAGAUUCCACCUCAAAUAGGUGAAGAUGAUGUACGGUUGGAUGUUUUAUCACCUCCUCCAAGACGUUUAUCUAGAUCUAGUAUUGACUUACGCGACUUGGAAAAAGAUCAUGAAAAACUAUCACAGGCGGAUAGUACCACAUCUAUUUAUCCACUAGAAAAGUUCUUACGUUAUUCCGGUAGUGAGCCGUUACAUAAUAAAAAUCAACCAAAAACAGAAGUGACUCGCGAAUUAAAUAUUAAAUCCAGUAGACAAAAGUUGUUUUUUCAACCAAUAUUAGCAAAAGCUAGUUUAAUACCAAUAAGCAACAAAGGUGAUAUUUUAAAGAUUUUUGUGAGAAAAAGUGCUUCGUCACUAAGUACGAUCACUGGUGAUCAAUCGGAAAAAUUUAAGGUUGAAAAGCCAGAUCUUCUGUUUGGCAUAAUUGAUUUGACUGAAGAUAAAAAGUACUCUUACAUUGAUGACGAACAUGUUUUUGACGAAGACAUUAAAGUUGAAAAUAUAGUCUGUAAAAAUAUAUCUAACAUAGACUCUAUUAUUGAUGCAGCCCUAAAUACUAAUGAAUUAUCAGAAAUGAUGUCUCCUCAACAUAGCAAUGAACAAAAGAAAUUGUUGAAUUCUUCGAAAAGCAGUGAUGCUGUCUUACUUAAAGGUUUCUGUGAAGAAAACAAUGAAAUUUUUUUAUUUUCACCACCAUCAACUCCUUGCACACCAAAAAUUCAGAACCAAGACCAAAAUAUACCUACAACAAGAAUCAGCAAUCUAGAAGCAGUUGAUUUGUACACUUUAAAUCCUUUGACACAAAUGAAUGUCCUGAGCGAUACUUCAACAAUUUCAUUAGAUUUAGUCAAUAGCGCAUCACCUGGAAACUUACUGCAUCCGAAAUCAAAUUUGAAGCUACCUUUGAUGUCCCAAUCAAACGAAUCUACAACUUCCAAAGAAAAAUACAGCCAAGAUUUUGAUUGUACAAGUAAAAGGAAAAACAAUCCGGACAUUAUUGAGGCAAUUCAGUUUAAAAAUAGUAUUGAUGCUUCUCUUGCUAAUAACGAAAAUUCAAUAAACUUGACAAGCAAUAUAACAUCUCGAAAACGACAAUCAUCUUCUGUUACUUAUAAUGUAAAUGUUAUUAAUUUUGGAGAAGAAGAUGGUAAUGAUGGCAGUUCUGUUCCAUUGAGAGGAAGUGGUGCAAGGUCUAAUAGUUCCACAAGCGGAUGUUCAACGAGACAGACAAAAGGUUGGAAAGCUGAACAUAAGGCAGCGAGAACAUUGGGAAUAAUAAUGGGUGUUUUCCUAUUGUGCUGGUUACCAUUCUUUUUAUGGUAUGUCAUUACAUCAUUGUGUGGAGAUGCAUGUCCUUGUCCUGAUAUAGUAGUUGCGGUACUUUUUUGGAUUGGCUACUUUAAUUCUACUCUCAAUCCACUUAUAUACGCAUACUUUAACAGGGAUUUCCGGGAAGCAUUUAAAAAUACAUUGCAAUCUUUGUUACCGUGUGCAAAUAAGAAAAAUCCGUAUGGUAGUCAUAGCGUGUAUUAUGUAUAGCCUAAAUAGAAAAACUAACGAUUCACUUUUUAUAAACUAGUUGUAAGUUGUGACGAGUUUUUUGACUUGUUUUAUAACAGUAAAAUCAAAUGAACGUUUUCCCUAUUCCAUACUAAAAAAUAUCAAAACAGGCAUUCCAGCGUUUGAAACCCACGAAAAAAGCGUUUGAAAUAAUUUCAAAGUCAUUUUUCUCGAAUUUUUAUAAAUUAAAUUGAAAUUUCUAAUGGAAUAUUUUAAAUAUCAGAGCGUUUAUUUUCAUAAUAUUUUGAGAAAUUUUAACAUUUAAGCAUUUUCGAAGAAUUAUUUAACUUUAAACAGUGAUGUUUGAAACCCACGCGGCAUUUUCGAUUUUUUUUUCAAACAAAUUUUUAUUUUCAAUUUCUCCUCAAUUGAACAUAAUAAAACAAAAACAAUGAUUGCAAGUGUCUUCAAACAUAACAAAUUAGAGUACCACAUAUGUAGACCCCGAUA